AUGACAAUCAAAGCCAUUGAGAAGGCUUUGGGACGCUUACAAUGGGCAAUCGCAGUCUGCCCAUUGAUCAAAAGCCCGCUACAAUCAUUCUGGGCUUGGAAGAUGGCAGUAACCUCGUCAGGGAGGCCACCCAAGACUGUACGCCUGUUGGCACUAUUGCAAAAGGAGCUCUUCAUCAUCCCAUAUCGGCAACUCUCGCCCUACCUGCCAAAGUCUUCUUGGUGGGGCUGUAGUGAUGCCAGUGCGGACUUCACUGGCGACGCGUACAUUGGUGGAUGGUUGUCAGAUGCUCAGUCACCUGCCCGUGACUCAGUCUACUGGUUUCCAGCCUUACGCUGGCUCCAUGCAGCUAGCCGCUCCCCGCCUACUGACGCUGCAGGCCCAGAGGAUGGGGGAAGAGCUGCUGACCAAUGGCAAUGGCCAAAACUGCAACAACAAUGGCUGCUCCUGAACGCAGAUGGUACCCAAGCACACCGCAGGGUCAAGAUCCUUCCGGAGGAUUGGCGAUUCCAAGUUGCGGAGUUAGAAGGAGAAUGGUGGAUCCACAAAAUGGGUACCUGCGGCAUGGCAAGUGCACAACUGUACUGGGGGAGAACAGCGGCUCUCAUUCUGAGACUCCUCUACAAUAUUUUCCCUCAGGUCGACUGGGGUUUUGUGUUUGUGGAUGACUUUUGCUGGAUUCUACGUGCUGAAGAUGCGGACCACGUGGCCACGGUCAUUCUUGUCAUCUUGGUGGCUUUGGGAGUCUCUUUGAGCUGGAAAAAGACCCAUCUGACAGAGGUCAACACAUGGUUGGGAUUUGUCAUUCACUCCAACAUUCCUCAGGUCCAGAUAAUUGCCACGAAACACAUCCUGUUUUUUGAAGUUCUGGAGCUUUUGAUUCAGAAUACGGCAAUGACGGCAAAGUUCAUUGAAAGUUUUGGCAGACUACAAUGGAUCACAGCAGUGUGCCCGCUGAUCAAGAGUCUUUUGCAACCAUCCUGGGCCUGGAAGAUGGCAGUCAUCUCCUCGGGUGCCGCUGGCCCUGUUGAAGAUCCCGAUGGACACCCGGCAUCCUACGGAAAUGGCGUGCUGUGCCAGGCCAUACCUCCAGACCAGCAAGAAGAUGUGGAAAGACUCUCCAAGGGCCUCACCGCCUCAAGGGAGCACUACCCCAGGGAGAUCUCACUGGACAGACGCAUCCCUGAGGAGACGUACAUGAAGACCUACAAGGUGAGCAGGAGGCCCGAACAGGUGCCACUGGCCCUGAGCAAGCCUCCUCAAUACAAAGGGCUGCAUCAAGAUUCCCCUCCCCGGGGAAGGACCUCAACGGUCCAUACGACAACCAACGUCAUGGCACCACGGACCCUGGGGUACACCCUCAGGUGGCACAACGAAAGAGUGUUAAAUCUUUUAAGGUCUCCCCUGAAAUGUUUCCUUGGGCUUUCAAGAAUGGAAACCCCCAGAAGAGAAUUGCAGCACUGGAGCUGCUUGGCAUCUUGGUACUCACCCACUGUAUCUUGCAAAAGCAGGGCACGACGGCCGCUGCAGUGA